AGAAAUGUAGUAAAUCCAGAGCAAUAAAUAGUUGGCGUCCAAAAUUUCGGUUUUAUUAAUCCACUAGUUAACUUAAAAUCCAUAGUAUCUGCCUUAGCUUUGAGUUAUUUGAAUCAUGUCUGUUAAAAUGACCAUUGCUUCUGCACUUCUGGUAGUACUUAUCUGCCAGUCGAUUUCUGUAUCUAAUGCUAAAAAUUUAGUAGACUGCCCAGAUACUUCACUUGCAAGAAACGAAGUAUACGAUAAAGAAAUAUCAACAAGUGUUGUUGGAAGUUCCAUCAGGGUACGCAUUCCAGACAGUCUCUUCUUUCCAAACAAAAUUACGUGUAUCAUAAUAUUGGAUAACCUCGAUUCACCAAAUAUACCUUUCAUUGAGGAAGGAGGACUCAACCAAAAUUAUGCCCUUAUUUCUGUCAAGCCUAGUGGGACCGAAAUCCUCAGUUAUAGGAUUCAAGUAUACACAAUGUAAAAAUGUAAUUGUUCCUUACAAUAUUGUAUAAAUUAUUUUUGUUGUAAUAAGUAAAACAAUAAAGGCCAAGUUAGCUACAGUAGGAAAAAUGAAAGAAUACCCAUGAACGAACAUAUAAAACACGCUGUAUUUUCCUGUCACCGUGUCAUACAAAAAAUUGGCCAGCGCAAGUACAUGUAAUAAUUAUUAUUACAAGUACUUCCGCUGGGCAAUUUUCUUUGUGACACGGUGACAGGAAAAUACAGCGUGUUUUAUAUGUUUGUUCAUGGGUAUUCUUUCAUUUUUCCGACUGUAGUACACAUAUUGUAUAAUUUUUCACAUUUGCAAAAAACAA